GGCUCUUCUCGCUCGCUGCGGCGUGGGGUUUCCCAGAGCAGACUGCAGGGUUACCGCGCCCAUCUCCGUCUGAUGGCCGGAUGAGAGGUGAACUGAACUGGAGAGAAGUGCUCCUUCAAGGAAGGCAACGGGAAGUGGCCACCGACGGAUUUAUUCGUUGACCAAAGUCUGCAAUCGGACAUUUAUGAGUGCAGUUUUUCAUCGCAGUUGAGAUCCCCCCUCAAACAGGCUCAUUUCCUGCCCGCUGGAGCGAGUUUUGUCGCUGUGGCAGUGGACUCGGUACUUCUCCCGCUGCUAGUUAGCGAGCUAGCUCGUCUUGUUCGUUGAUGCGUGGAUUUGACAGCCACACCGUCGUUUUUUUCGGUCAAUGCCAUAUAAACAACGGCCAUUUACGACUGAGAACAGAUCAGAACGUGUCCCGGCAGUAGGAGUGAGGCAGAGCUUUAGAAGAGGAAAAUGAGUGAACUGGACCAGUUACGCCAGGAGGCCGAGCAGCUGAAGAACCAGAUCAGAGAUGCAAGGAAAGCUUGUGCGGAUGCCACACUAUCACAGAUCACAGCCAACAUCGACCCUGUUGGCCGAAUCCAGAUGCGCACAAGAAGAACACUGCGAGGACAUUUGGCUAAAAUCUACGCCAUGCACUGGGGCACCGAUUCCAGGCUGCUUGUCAGUGCCUCCCAGGAUGGAAAACUCAUUAUUUGGGACAGUUAUACCACAAAUAAGGUCCACGCCAUUCCUCUGCGCUCCUCCUGGGUGAUGACCUGUGCCUACGCUCCUUCAGGGAAUUACGUUGCUUGUGGAGGCUUAGACAACAUCUGCUCCAUCUACAGCCUCAAGACUCGCGAGGGGAACGUGCGUGUCAGCCGUGAGCUGGCCGGACACACAGGAUACCUGUCUUGCUGCCGCUUCGUUGAUGACAACCAGAUUGUUACAAGUUCUGGCGACACCACCUGUGCUCUCUGGGACAUAGAGACCGGUCAGCAGACGACCACGUUCGCGGGUCACACCGGUGAUGUGAUGAGUCUGUCUCUGGCUCCGGACACCAGGCUGUUCGUGUCAGGAGCCUGCGAUGCCUCCGCUAAACUCUGGGACGUCCGUGAGGGCAUGUGCAGGCAGACCUUCACUGGCCACGAGUCGGACAUCAACGCCAUCUGUUUCUUCCCCAAUGGAAACGCAUUUGCGACUGGCUCUGACGAUGCCACCUGCCGGCUGUUUGACCUGCGUGCUGACCAGGAGCUCAUGGUCUACUCUCACGACAACAUCAUCUGCGGCAUAACCUCCGUGGCCUUCUCGAAGAGCGGCCGCCUGUUGCUCGCCGGCUACGAUGACUUCAACUGCAACGUGUGGGACACCCUCAAGGCUGACCGCGCUGGUGUGCUGGCCGGCCACGACAACCGAGUUAGCUGUCUGGGUGUAACUGAUGACGGUAUGGCAGUGGCUACAGGGUCCUGGGACAGCUUUCUCAAGAUCUGGAACUGAACGCUGAAGGUGCUUUCAAUACAACAUGUCCGAUACAAUAUCAUUUGAACUCCAAAGUUGACUGGAAGACCAUUCCAACUUUAGAAUGUUAAAUUUCACAGCAUCGUCAACAACAAAACACCUUAUAAAACUGACUGACACCACCAUGAAAAGAAAUAAAACUUCUAAGGGAAAACAAUGCCUUUCCUACACCAAGAAGAGCACAAUUUGUUUUAUCACCCAGCUUAAAAAAAGAGAAAAAAGAAGAUUUCCUGUGGUUUCAAAUGAAUAACUUGCAUUCCCUCUCGGACCAUUCUGUGUCACCCUGUAAGAGAAAACACAAAACACUAUCAUCCCACGCUUAUGUAUCAUGUGUCUAGAAAGCAAAUGUUGGAGUGUAAUUGUACAAAUUAUUUAACUCUUUUUUUUUUUUUUUUCUUCUUUUGUUCCUUUUAUCUGAUAGUCCCAUCUUCUAGAUCUUUUUCCCGCCUGUUUUUUCUGUUUAGAUGAUAUGUUUCUGAUUAGUAAAACUUUGAAUCCUGUUAUAAAACCAUGUGAAAACAAGAAAAGUCAUGUAAAAUGCUGAAACUAGACCAGGAUGGAAGAGCAGCUUUUUUGACGAUGCCAAUCAUGUUUUGUUUUGUUAUUUUCGUGUACACUAGGUUGCUCUAGAGGUUGUGUAGUUUUCAUGAACGUGACUCGAGCGAGAGGUAAAGUUCACACGCCCUCUUGUGAAAGCUUAAUAUUCAUAUUUUUGGGCGUCCCCAGACAGCAUUCACCUCUGAUCUGUUCCGAUUGUUAAUAUCGCUGGGCUAUUGCCGAUCACCGGCUAAUAAGAACAGCCUUAGCUUUCUAAAAAAAAUGCAUUAGUUAACUUUCAGUGUGAAUCCUGGUCCUUUGUCAUUUAAAAAAAAAAGAAAAUUCCAUAAAAAUGUCAUAUCUCUUUGAAAUACUUUGCCAUUUUUGAGUCCGAGGUACUCGCUUCAUUUAUCUACGAAUGGCCGUUGUAAAUAUGGGUAUCCGACUUGCACGCGAAUGCAGCAUUAUAUCCUAGCUAAUGUUUCUUUCCAGUCUCGUCACAGCUUUGUUUGCACAAUAAGAAACUUGACUAACGUUUUAAGCGUUAACUAACCAAGCACAUGCCGUUAAUCACAUUGAAUGCUAAUUUUAAUGUAAAAAAUGCACAAAAAAGUAAAAAAAAAAAGUG